AUGUUGGAACCUCCGGUGAUGCGAAAGCUUAAUCUUCUCCUGAAAGGUCGUUCUUUAGCUAAUUUACCCAAUGUUUUAAAUCGAUUAAAGUAUUACGGGAUUGGUAAAAAAGUUACUAGGGCUAUAUGGUUAAAAUAUGAUGAACCAUCGUAUUGGACUAUUACCCGUGUUUCAUUUAAGCGUGACAUGUAUCAUGCUAAUGCAUGGGGCAUCUUUACAUUUAGAGGAAAAACAGAAGAACAAGCAAGAAAGAUUAGAAGUUGCCGUAAAAGGCAAUGGCUAGUUUUAGAAGGUGAUGACCAAGUUAGUAAUCCUUUCGUUGGCUUGAUACAAAGGCGUAGUUCCAAAUUAAUUCUGUAUAAACAGCUACAUCUAUCUAUUAAAUCAACCAACCAGUCUAUUAUAUUUAUACCAAAGCUGUCGUUGCAUCUUCAAAUCAAUGAAGAUUAA